UGCGCCGCCGCCUCUCGGGGAGACGCUGCCAUUCACUCGCCAUGGAUACUCCCAGGGUCCUGCUCUCGGCGGUCUUCCUCAUCAGUUUCCUGUGGGAUUUGCCCGGUUUCCAGCAGGCUUCCAUCUCGUCUUCCUCGUCCUCCGCGGAGCUGGGCUCCACCAAGGGAAUGCGGAGCCGCAAGGAAGGGAAGAUGCCGCGGGCGCCGCGAGAGAGUGCCACUGCCCGGGCGCCCCUGGAGCACCAGGAGCUUCGGCCACGGCCGCAAGAUGAGCCCCGGCGGCGGCCGCCGAAGCAGCACCAGGCGCAGGAGCCGCCUGGCGGGGGCCCGCGCGUGGUGCCCCACGAGUACAUGCUGUCAAUCUACAGGACUUACUCCAUCGCCGAGAAGCUGGGCAUCAACGCCACCUUUUUCCAGUCUUCCAGGUCGGCUAAUACGAUCACUAGCUUUGUAGACAGGGGACUAGACGAUCUCUCGCACACUCCUCUUCGGAGACAGAAGUAUCUGUUUGAUGUGUCCACGCUCUCAGACAAAGAAGAGCUGGUGGGCGCGGAGCUGCGGCUCUUUCGCCAGGCGCCCGCAGUGCCCUGGGGGCCGCCGGCCGGGCCGCUCCACGUGCAGCUCUUCCCCUGCCUGUCGCCCCUGCAGCUGGACGCGCGGACCUUGGACCCGCAGGGGGCGCCCCGGGCCGGCUGGGAAGUCUUCGACGUGUGGCAGGGCCUGCGCCACCAGCCUUGGAAGCAGCUGUGCUUGGAGCUGCGGGCCUCGUGGGGCGAGCCGGGAGCCGGGGAGGCCGAGGCGCUUGCGCCGGGGCCCCAGCAGCCGCCGCCGCCCCCGGACCUGCGGAGUCUGGGCUUCAGCCGGAGGGUGCGGCCCCCCCAGGAGCGCGCCCUGCUCGUCGUGUUCACCAGAUCCCAGCGCAAGAACCUGUUCGCCGAGAUGCGCGAGCAGCUGGGCUCCACCGAGGUUGCGGGCGCGGGCGCCGAGGGGUCCUGGCCGCCGCCGUCGGGCACCCCGGACGCCGGGCCUUGGCUGCCCUCGCCCGGCCGCCGGCGGCGGCGCACGGCCUUCGCUAGCCGCCACGGCAAGCGGCAUGGCAAGAAGUCGAGGCUGCGCUGCAGCAAGAAGCCCCUGCACGUGAACUUCAAGGAGCUGGGCUGGGACGACUGGAUUAUCGCGCCCCUGGAGUACGAGGCCUACCACUGCGAAGGCGUGUGCGACUUCCCGCUGCGCUCGCACCUGGAGCCCACCAACCACGCCAUCAUCCAGACGCUGAUGAACUCCAUGGACCCUGGCUCCACCCCGCCCAGCUGCUGCGUGCCCACCAAAUUGACUCCCAUCAGCAUCCUGUACAUCGACGCGGGCAAUAACGUGGUCUACAAGCAGUAUGAGGACAUGGUGGUGGAGUCGUGCGGCUGCAGGUAGCGGCGCCUUUCCAGCCGCCUUGGCCCGGGACUGCGGGGGAGGCCUGACUGCAGAGAGGCGGAGGAGGAGCUGGCCUUGGAGGAGGCGGAGGGUGGGGGAACAGCCUGGACAUGCAGCCAAGUGGGAGCGGAGGGAGCUCAGCCUUCCCAGAACCUUCCACCUGCCAGCCCAGAGGGAGAUACGGAUUUUCACACCUUGCCUGGCCACCUUUGAAGAACAAGCCAAGGAGGAUUUGUUUAGUUUUUUUCUUUAUUAUUGUGGCUUUGGAUUUCCUUGUGUGUCUCGCAGGUUUUGAUAGGAGGUGGGGGAAGGGGAGACUCAUACCUGUUUCUCAACUGCUCCAUGGAUUGAAAAAAUAAUAGUUUAAGAAGGGAAACAGUGUGAGAGGAAGAAUCACCUUUGAUCACCUUUUGCUUUGAUUGUUUUCUACCUGUGUAAAGAAGGUGGGGUCUUUCUGGCCAUGUCAUAGCCCAUGCCUUGUGACCUCCCAAGCAAAAAGUGUUAAAAUAGAGGAAUUGGCACUGGGAAUAGGAGAACCAGCAGAGCCCUGCCUUUAGAAGAGCUUUGAGAGGUAGGCCCCAGUGGGCCUUGGCUGGCUCUGGUAACCAGCUCUGCCCUGGCCUCUCUCAGGAGAGGGAACUGGCAACCUGCAUCUAACUGGGGUGCUCAGGUCGCUGCCUUGACUGUUGCUCUUUCCGCUGGGAGAAAGGGAGCUGGUAUGGAUGGAAUGACAAGAAUGAGUCCAAAUGGAACCCCCUGAAGCGUAAUGAGAAACCACAAGGCCUGCCUCUGAGGAGCUGACACUGAGGUGCAUUAGCCCCAACUGGAGGGAACCCACAAAAAGCCCUCCGUGAUGUCUGUUUCUAAUUGAUUUCUUUGAACAGAAUUUGCUAAAGUGCAGACAUCCCCUUUUAAGGGGAAGGUGAUUUCCCAGUUAAAAAAUGGGUAGGGAUGGAGAGCUAUGUGAGGAAGGUAAGCGGGGCACUGGAGGGGAAGCAGAAGGGUGGAGUCAGGAAUGGAGGUGGUGGGCCCCACGGAAGGACAAGGACGGGAAACGGGGGCAGGCCAGCUACAGGGGAGAGAAGGAUGAAAGGGGACACAAGUCCUUGUCUCCGAAGUUUCUUUAAAAUCUAUGUUCCCUCCCCUCUCUCUGACAUUCCUGAAAGAUUACCAGCCAGCAAUAGCCCAGGGCUCCCCCAAAAGAAUUGUUUCAGAUUGUAAUUACCAGUUAGGCAAUGUUUUUAAAACUUGGUAAUGAGAAACUGUGAAAAGAGCAAAGUGUUACAUUGAGCUUGGGGUGGGAGGUGGGGAAGGGCAGUGAGGAAGAAGGCAGCAGUGGAAUUCAUCUUCCGGAAGGAAGCAGGAGAGAGCACAGCACAAUUUAAAUACCCACUCCCAGAUUGUCAAAAACAUGAACUUUCCCCCAGCCUGCACCAGUAUUAUUGUCAAACACUGCCCAUAAGUAGGCCCUUGAAGAGUUAGCUUCCUUCUCAUCUUUGACCAUGAAAUGGUUUAAACAAGGGAACUUACACCAACCAUUAAAAAAGGUUUUUGUUUCUGCUAAGUAGUUUUGUUCUCUCUCCAUCUUAACCUGUUGCUUGUUUGGUUCAGAGAACUAGAAACUGUCCAAAAAAAGGGUGAGAAUGAUAAUAAAUGCUAAUAUAAAAUGCUAAGUAAAAACAAAGACUUGGCCAGGAGAAAUAAUUUAAAAUGCACAUUUGCUGUGGAUGCACUGUCGUUCUGUUAAGGCUGUAUAUAUUUGUUUAUUUAAGGUGACUGAAAGUGCAAAGAGGAAACGGACAGCAUGCAAUUCAUCUUAAUGUACAAACGUUAUAUGCACUCAAAUGUUACAAUUUCUAAUAUUUUUAAAGUUUAUAUUCGAGUUGUACAAAGUUAAGCAUUAAUCAGAUAUUUCAUUCUUUCAUAAUGUUAUCAUUUUCUUAAAUAUUAUUACAAAAUUUUAAGUCUGUCUAAUGGAGAGUUUUUUUUUUUUAACUGUCUACCUCACUAUAAUACAAGUAUUUUCAACACUAAAGUUACUAGAGGUCAAUCAAUAUUCAAAACAUUUUUUACAGUAUACUUUUCCUGGAUGAUACUCAAUCUAAUACUGUAUUAUUAAACUCAUUUUUCC